CGUGACGCGUAUUUUGCAGCAGAAUCGUUCGAUUGGUGGAACCGACGGUUCUGCAGACGCACGUGGCAGGCCAAGCCAAGUCCAUGCGAAUGUCACCAGCUGGGCAAGCAGCGACCGACCAUCGACCGGUCAGUUGGCCUUUUCACUCCUGAGAGCACAUGAUCAGCCUGAGCAUCCCGUCGCCCAAGGCCCUCUUUACACGCUGGCGCCGCCGAAGCAACUGCGAAGACACCAAGAAGUUGAGUCCUGUCGCACUGGCGGGCGCGAGCCGUCGAUACACGAGCACGAUCAACAACUGCUGCAACUCGCACGCACCGAGCGUCGACCCGACGAGCCAAAGCACGACAUUCCAAGGCGAUAGCAAGACGUGCGCCACGUGCAAGCGCCAGUACCUGCGGUAUGCCAGCAAGUAUGAUGAAUACUGCUCGGUGGACUGCAAGUCAGUCGGGUACUCUAAGUACACGCUGAGCUACUAGGACUAUUAGAGACGACCAGAUAGGAUGUUGCGUCUCGUAAUUUAUUUAGAUUUACUUGCAUUAUCACG